AUGACCGCUAACAAACAAAUUCUCAUUUCCAUGGAAGAUGAAGAUUAUAAUUCUUCGGAGGAUUCCGAUUUUUUACCACAGACUCACCCCCAAAUAUCUGGAGAAGUAUACUCAGAUGACGAAUCUGAACCAGAUGAAGUAUCGGCAAAAGGUCUUGGAAGAAAAAGGAUACAUUUAGCUAAAGAAGAAGUCGUCUCAGAUUGUAAUGCUUCCGGAGACGAAGUGGUUAUCGCCCUGUCUAAGAAAAACAUAACAGAAGGGCAAAUGAAAAAGAACAAAUCUAUCAUGACAAGAAGUAUGCGUGCUUUGGAGGGGAAAAAAGAAAAAGAACCAAAAAAUCCAUUAGUAAGUAAUUCUGCAACGAUCGAUGUUGAAGCGGUUUGGCAAGCAAUGCUCUCUGGAAAACCGCUGCCAUCUACAAGCAAUGAAACAAAUGAACAACAUAAUUCAUUCUUACCCCCUCCGUCCUCUUCCUGCAUAAAGUCUAAACAUGGAGAGACUCUUGAAGUGGCUAGGCAAAUCAACGAGGUUGUAGAUAAAUAUGACUUAAAACCACAACCUCCGCCCGUCAACUCAAGCGAAAGCGAACUUCAAUCUGAAGCAAACUCUAAGCUUUCUAUGACUACGGUAACGUCAUCAGACAGUAAGGUAUCAUUUAAAAGACCACCUAGACUUGCCCGAAGGUCUAGAUUCGAGCCAAUCAAUGAAAAUUUACACCCUAGGGAUGAUCUUCAUCUUAGCAUUGGGAAAAGAAGUCAUCAAAUUGAAAGAAACAUUCCGGAACCACUGAAAAAGCUAAAUACUGUUGAAAAAAGCGCCAUUGACUGGUCAAACUUCGUUGAUAAAGAGGGUAUUUCAGAAGAACUCCAUGCCGCAGGCAAAAGUAAAGGUGCUUACAAAGCACGACAAGAAUUUCUAGCAAGGGUUGAACAGAAGAAAGAGAAAGCUAGUCGCAAGGCACGAGGCUUACCUACCUAA